UUUAAAUACACAGGUUAUGUAUGUGGUAUGUUACUUGGAAAUAAAACUUUUAGUUCAUUUAUAGGAUAUUUCUCAAUCAAAAGACUUUUAACCAUGGAAGAAUCUUCAGGACUUUCCUUUAUAAAUCUUAAAGAUUCCAUUUCACCCUUUGAGCUCGUUGCUGAAUGGUUCCAAGAAGCGGCAAAAUUUGGCAUAACUAGCCAUUUUUUUAAUUUGGCUACAUGUAAAAAAUCUGGUGAAGUUUCAAACCGAUCUCUGCUCUUACACGACUUUGUAAAUAAUUCUUUUAGAUUUAUAACUAGUGAAAAAUCUCUCAAAGGACAUGAUAUGGAUGAAAAUCCGAAUGUCGCAGCUUGUUUUCUUUUAAAAUAUUUGAAUGAUGAGAAAUCUCCAGUAAUUAGACAGAUAAGGUGUCAAGGUAGUGUUAUUAAACUACCGUAUGAGGAAACUGCAAAAUAUUAUGAAAAAGAUCCAUUGUUUUCUCAAAUACGAUCUCAUAUAUGUAAGCAAGGCGAAAAAGUGGAUUGGAAUGAAUUGAAAGUAAAACACGAUGAAUUACUAAAACAAGUUAAAUCAGGAUUAAAGCUAAAAAUGCCCGAAUAUCAGGUUGGAUAUGAAAUACACCCACGUUGUUUUGAUUUCUACCAUUCUAUAGGAAGUGAAAUUGCAGACAGGAUCAUAUUUGAGAAAUCAAGUGAUGGCUCUUGGAGUUUUCACCGUGUGGCAACUUAAAAUAUUUUAAUUUUUCUUAUGUUAAAUAUACAAAAAGCAUAUAAUAA